GGAGGAGCGAUCGUAGUAUUUCUCUUCAUUUCAAAUCCCUGUCGUGGCAGCACGGGUAAGGCAGAGGACUUUUCUCCCCUUCAAACUAAGGGGAAAACCCACCACCGAGAGCCUAGUGCACGUCCUAAAGAGCAAACGGAGGACUUUGGGAGGAGGAAACAGUAGUCUGAAGGCACGCUGCGGUGGUAUCGGCUCGCUGUGUGCACUAGUGUCUUCACACUUGCACUGGAUACACGAAGCAGGACGAAGCAGGAUCCCCGUGAUCUCCCUGAAACCCGCCAAACGUUCACACGGACGGUGGCCUACAGUUCCAGCAGACCCAGGCCUGGGGAAAUCAUUAACCAAAAACAAAGCACAACAGGACACUGACCUCAUCACGUAUUGCUGCAUUAUCACUGGCCAUCUGAGUUGGAGAGUGAGGCGGGCUUGGUUUGCGAGCGUCGCUCCGCAGAGCCGUCCGAUGACUAUCUGACUCAUCACAACCCGCGAAUGACAGGCGUGCAUUCGAAGGUGGGGCCCGCCUCAGUCUCACAUGAUUGGCUGCUGGAUGGAAAUAAGGUGAAUGGAACACAUGCCCAAGGAGCAGGACCCAAACCAAUCAGAGGGAGAAGAGAAACGGUGGCUCAAUGGCCCGAAAAGGAAGAGAAAGAACAGCCAGUGUUCGGUGAAGAGCAUGUCUGGGUACAUCCCCAGCUAUCUGGAUAAGGAUGAGCCGUGUGUGGUGUGUGGAGACAAAGCUACCGGCUAUCACUACCGCUGCAUCACCUGCGAAGGCUGUAAGGGAUUCUUCAGGCGCACCAUCCAGAAGAACCUCCACCCCUCUUACUCCUGUAAGUACGAUGGCUGCUGCAUCAUCGACAAGAUCACCCGCAACCAGUGCCAGCUGUGCCGCUUCAAGAAAUGCCUCGCCGUGGGCAUGGCCAUGGAUCUGGUUCUGGACGACUCUAAGCGGGUUGCAAAGCGGCGCUUGAUUGAGGAGAACCGUGAGAAGAGGAAGAAGGAGGAGAUGGUCAAAUCCCUGAAGACUCGGCCAGAACCCACCAGCUCAGAGUGGGAGCUGAUCCGUAUGGUGACAGAAGCUCACCGCCACACCAAUGCACAGGGCUCUCACUGGAAACAGAAACGCAAGUUCCUGCCGGAGGAUAUCGGACAGUCUCCAGUGGCCCCCACAUCAGAUGGGGACAAAGUGGAUUUGGAGGCAUUCAGCGAGUUUACCAAGAUCAUCACCCCAGCCAUCACACGUGUUGUUGACUUUGCCAAAAAACUGCCCAUGUUUUCGGAGCUGCCUUGUGAGGAUCAGAUCAUCUUGCUGAAGGGCUGCUGUAUGGAGAUUAUGUCCCUACGUGCUGCAGUUCGGUAUGACCCGGAAAGCGAGACCUUGACCCUGAAUGGAGAGAUGGCUGUCAAACGAGAGCAGCUAAAGAACGGAGGGCUGGGCGUUGUGUCUGAUGCCAUCUUUGACUUAGGCAAGAGUCUGGCACAGUUCAACCUGGAUGACACAGAGGUGGCCCUACUGCAGGCCGUACUGCUUAUGAGCUCAGAUCGAACAGGCUUGACAUGUGUGGAGAAGAUUGAGAAGUGCCAGGAGAUGUACCUUCUAGCCUUCGAACACUACAUCAACUAUCGCAAGCACAACAUUCCUCAUUUCUGGCCCAAGCUGCUGAUGAAGGUGACAGACCUGCGCAUGAUCGGAGCCUGCCACGCCAGCCGCUUCCUGCACAUGAAGGUGGAAUGCCCCACUGAACUCUUCCCCCCACUUUUCCUGGAGGUCUUCGAGGAUCAGGACGUGUGACGUCCCAGCGAGCCGCGGCAGGAGAAUCAACAACAUUUUGUAACCCGUUUUCCUCUACCCGUCUCACCCCCCCUCCACGCACCAAACUCACCAGCAGCAGCUGCAUUGGCAGGGGUCAUCUUCAGAAAGGCUUUCAUAUGGGGGGGUUUGAGUCGACAACAAUUUUUUUUUUUUUUUUUUUU